CAUGUUCGUACUUUGGAUGUACGCACAGCUCAGUGUCGACCCCUUCACUAUCCGUGUGGGGCGACACUGACCGAGUUGCCGACAGCCGGCCACACCACAUGUACACACACAAUGACACGCACCAAACACAGAGGACGACCGAAUUCCCACAAGCGACAAAUAUGCCUGCCUACUAGACGUGUGCACCGUCUGUCUACUUUGUCUCCUUCGUCUCCUUCCAGCGGUCCAUCUGUACAGCCACCUACGCGAGCCCUCUUGCAAAGACACACCAACACGUUCACACAUGCAUAUGUGGAUACCAACGAUCGUGGGAAAGGAACAAAAAGAAAAAGGAACGACAACGAAUGAGACAAAGCGAUUGCGUGCACAGGACGGGUGGUCCCCGGCCCUCUCAUGUUAGCGCUAUACAUACAUACACAGAACUAACUUUUACGUAGAUGUUUGUCUCGUCUGUCUCUCUGUCCGCCCCACAUCUGCUGUGUUUUCGGGCGGACAAAUUGCCAGUCUGUCUGUCUCUCUCUCUGUCUGUCUGUCUGUCUGUCUGUCUAUCUAUCGAUCCACUCCAUUGUCUUGAGCAGAAAGGAAGGCCACCGGCGUGUCCCUUUCACUGCGUCCUUCAUGCGAUGGCUUUUUGGAUGGGAACUUAUGGAUGCCGUCAUGGUCGUACACCCGCACCUCGAAGAUCAGAGCCUCGUGCGCCCCAUUGGUUGCCAAGACCAUGAUGCGGACGGCCUUGACGCCCUCUCCCUUUGGGUCGACCUUAGCAAGGGCAUGGCGGACGUCGUGCACCCUCUUGCGCUGGUAGUUGUCCCGUAUCUCGGCCACUGUGUGCCACUCGUCCAGUGUGUGGCUGGGAGAGUCACCAUCAGUACCAGCAAGCAGCACCUGGAGGUUGUAGUGACUGACGGUCUCUGGCUGUGGCUCGCCCCAGACCAUCUUCUCCCAUCGGCCUUUGUGCAGCGAUAAGGUGAGCUCCCGGUGCAUGCCUGUGUCAAAGACCAGCUCAAUCUGCACACACGUGAGAGAGACGAGACACAUCGACCGACCAAUGAGUCCGUCUGCUGUAAUUGAUGCAUAGAAACCAACGUAGUACCAGUGAGAGGUUGCGUAUUGGCUGGUCCCACUCGAGCACCAGCCAUGCCGGCACACUCUUGGAGAUCCAUCGGUUGACGCCAUCGAGGCGCUGCCCCGGAGCCGCACCCAAGUAGCCAUGCACUGCACGAUUCUGGCCAGAAAUCACCUGCAUGGCAUGAGUGGCCGACGCACAUAGGAUAUGCACACAUUCACACAUUCACAUCUCCAGACAUCCAAUCGAACGAACAAGGCCGGCACGUGAGACUUUCGCUUUACCUCUUUGGCGAUUCCGCUGGCAUUCUCUGACGACGCGUAGAUGUGUGCACGGCGGGCGUAGUCCUGCGCACACAAACAAUAGGGAGGGCAGCAGCAAUGCAUAUGCAUGUCUGUGUGUAUUGGGUACUCACCCUGGGGUCUUCAUUGUACAUUCCUAUGAUGUACUGGUCGUCACGCAGCAGCUGCUGCUGAAUGCUCCACACAGCAUCUGCAGGGACGGAAACCACGAAUGGUGAAAGGCCACGCAAAUGAAUGCACAUGUCUCAAUGUCUGACCUUUGUCGUCUGCAAGCUGGUGGGGCUGCACGUCAUGUAGAGCGCAGUAAGCAGCAGCAGUGCCCGUGGCCUGGCCCAUCGCAGCGCAGGUCUUCAUCACACGCUGGCUGCCAAACACCACAUGCGAGAACGACGCAAGCCUCCCGGCAAACAUCAAAUUGGUCGCAUUCAGAGCCACUAGAGAUCGCAGAGGAGUGCUGCAUACAUACAUACACACACACACGAGCGCACACACACGCAGCCAUGCGCGAUGAGACGCAGGAAACACCACACACAAGUGAGCGAAUGCAUGGGCUGUACAGGCAGGUGACCUACCUGUAAAUAUAAGGGAGGCGAUGCCCUACAAACGCGGGGACGGACGUAUCGAGAACACCCUUGACGGCGUGUAGGUCAAUAUUCCAUCCACCAUGGGACACACGGUCCCAGAAAAGGGCAGGGGGACGGGACUUGUCCACAUCUGAUGAAAGCAGGUAUGUAUCAGUCCACCCGUCAACGUCUCCCUGUCUCGCCACUUACCUGGCAGGAUGUCGUGCUGCGUCAUGACGUAUUGGCCUUGGAAGAGGCGACCUGAGAGCAAACAGGCGGACAGAUCGACACUCGUACAUGUGUCGCGCCCACGUAUGUAUGUCGCCAGCGUACCUUGCCGUUUGCAUGGCCACCACUCGAGCCACUCGAUGGCCAGGUUGUCGGCCUCAGGGUAGUUGCCGCUGUUUUUGAUGUAGUCCCACACGCCCAUGACGACCUCCAUGAGUUUGUCCCUUAUCUCCUCAUUCUCGUGGAUGGUGUGGAACGGCCACGCCACCUCGAUCCACCAGUAGCCGUACUCCAGGUCGUUGAUUCCCCUGUAACGGAAAUCCUCCUUGGUGUACCGAAUCGCCCUGCAUGACAUGAGGCACACCACACAUGAAGCAAAGCGAGAUGCCAGAGUAAGUGCACCACGUGUCUGUCGUAUUCGGCUGACCAUGAUGGAGGGGUGAAGGGCAUCUUGUGUGGGUGCUCCCUGGCGACGAAGGCCAGGCUGCUGCCCAUGGUCUCCCCGUCCUCCUUGGGCAGCGCAAGGGACUCAUUAUACUGGUGCGACGACUCACGACCUGCAAACAAACAAGAAGGCACAUGCAUUCGAGACGUGAGCGACUUAUUCCCAUUCUUUCUCACCGAUAAUGUGCGGCACUUCCGCCUCGGCGCCCAAUCUCCCAUCGCCCGUCGCAUCGAUGAAGACCUUGCCCUUGAUCAAAUAGCGAAUCUGAGAAAGGCAAGGAUCGUGCCAUUUUGGACGACAAGCACUUUUCCGAACGUAUGCACCUGAGUUUCCUGGUUCUCUGCAAUGAUCUCUGUCACGGUCUUUGCCGGCGUCUUUGUGGCGCCGACUACCCAGGUGUUGAGCUGAGAAGAAACAGACAGGCAAGAAGAGCGCCGGUUCCGUAUCUAUAGAUGUGCAGCAGCUUUUGUCGCACACGUACCAGCAGCUGACAGUUGGGCCCACUGGUCCGGAAGUAGUCGUAGAGGAAGAGGUCAUGCAUGCUGUGGCUUCGCUGGCCGUUCUUGACGGCAUUCAUGAGCGUGUAUUCCUCAACAAUCCCGCCCUCCCGUGUUUCUGUCGCCCUGUGUCUGCCGCGGACACCUGAUCGAUCAGCCACACCGUUUCAAUGCAAUGCGUGUGUAGACCAGCGACCCUGUCAACGUGUGUGUCUUUGGUCUGUGGGGGGUACGUACCGUGAAGGUCAGCACCGACCAUGUGCAGCUUGGACUCAGACGACGCAUUCCCGCCAAGCACACCCCUGAUCACCGCACCCACCGCGGUCACUUGCUCGCUCACAAACACGACGUUGCCUGGCCUGCCCCGUACGGUACCUGCUCUGAACGAGGAUGGUCUUGGCGCCGCUCCUGCAAGAGGCCAGCGCGGCAUUCGUUCCGGCGCUGCCUCCACCCGCCACCACCACUUCAGCCUCCAAGUACUUUGUCACCAAACCGCCACCGACGGGCUCAUCUGCACCCACAGCCAAGGAUUGUGACAGCCCGGCUGACGUUGAUUGAGUCAUCCGUGUUUCUUUCUUACUGUUUCUUGGCUUGUCGUCUGGCUCCAGUGUGAGUAGAUUUUCCGCUUCGGCAGCUGACCUGGCUCCCUCCUCCUGUUCGGCGACUUCCGCCCUUGCCAUCGUCAAACAUGACGCCAGAAACGCGGCUGCGAUCCAUCCACACAAGAAACGAGGCCUCAUGACAGCGAGAACUAAGAAGGC